UGACAGCGCGGGCGGGAGGGGGAGGGGGAGGAAAAGUCACAGCGCUUGGGAGACGCAUUCCUCAAACAGGGACACGGUACCAGUAACAAGUUUAAUUUCGUUGCAGAAAUAGGUUUAUAUUUUGGUUUACAAUUACAGUUUGGUUGCAUUUCACUCGGCCUGAGUCACGAGUCUCUGAAACGGUCCCAUUCCAGAAACCUCGACAUCAUGGACGGCCUGGAAAAGCAGCUAAUCUGUCCGAUCUGCCUCGAGAUGUUCACCAAGCCGGUGGUGAUCUUACCCUGUCAACACAACCUCUGCCGGAAGUGUGCCAAUGACAUAUUUCAGCCACAUGCUCACGUUGGUCUACAACUGUGGUGCUGAAGUGGCGCUGUCCCUUCAGCACCUGGGCGGCAGUCACAUGUUAAGUGUUUGCUGGCGGUAGGGCUCCCUCCAUAAAAGGAUGGCCCUGAUACUUCAUUUGAUUACAGGAUUAUUUCAACAGGCCUCCAAUCCCUAUUUGCCAACACGUGGGGGUUCUACUUUGAGUUCUGGUGGCCGGUUCCGCUGCCCCUCCUGCAGACACGAAGUGGUCCUAGAUCGACAUGGUGUUUAUGGACUCCAACGGAACCUUCUAGUUGAAAACAUAAUCGACAUGUACAAACAGGAGACAGUCAGUACCAGCAAUAAAGCAGAGCCACAGCAGGAUCCAGCUGUUAUGAUGUGUGAGGUACAUGAGGAUGAGAAGAUUAAUAUCUAUUGUGUGUCCUGUUCUGUUCCCACCUGCUCCUUGUGCAAAGUGUUUGGUGCUCAUCAGAACUGUGAAGUUGCACCACUCAGUACUGUCUACGAGAGCCAAAAAACAGAGUUAUCAGAGGGUGUUGCUAUGUUAGUGGGAAACAAUGACAGAAUUCAGGCCAUCAUCAGCCUGCUGGAGGAGAGCUGCAGAUCUGUGGAGGAGAAUGGGCGCAAGCAGAAAAUGCAUGUGUGUGAGUCAUUUGAUCACCUAUAUGCAUUACUGGAAGAUAGGAAAGGAGAUCUGACACUUAAAAUCAGCUCUGAACAGCAGGAGAAACUUAAUUACAUCAAAGGCCUACAGCGCAGGUACACAGAGCACCUGGACAAGAGUGCAAAGCUUGUGGAGACAGGAAUCCAAACCAUGGAGGAACCAGAGAUGGCCAUCUUCCUGCAGAAUACAAAGCCUCUACUACAAAAGAUAUCAGAUGGCAGGAACACCUCUCAUUUGGAGAAAUUGGAGCGUGGUUAUGAAAAUAUGGAUCAUUUUACUGUCAGUUUUGAGCAUGAAAAGAGAGCCAUCUUUAACAUUGACUUCACCAAAGAUGAUGAUGGAGCUGGUGAUAUUCAUGAUGAGGCAGAGGAUCAUGAAAAUGAAGUGGUUAAUGAUACAGGGGUCAGUGGCUGGACUCAGGGGUCUGAAGGAUUUAAGACUUCCUCUGUCAAGCAAAAUCCUGUCCUGAAUUCAGACACCCAGCCAGUUGUGGAUAGCAUAUCUCAACUGACUGCUGCUCAAAGUGCUGCACAGACAGUGGACUCCAGUUCAACGCAAAACACACCAACAACUACUUCCACUACUGUCCAAACAAAAACCACUAGCAUGUCACAGAGUACAUCCUCAGUCACACCCACUCCAAGCACAGACCCCAGCAUGCCAGAAAAUACAGCAACAGAGGGAUCCACCAACCCUAGUGCAGGAGGAAUUGCCAAUCAAAGCUCAGAUGGUCCACGCCAUGUUUUCUCCUUUUCCUGGCUCAAUACACCCAAAUAAAAAUUCUGUACUUAAUGGGGAAAUUUAUCCCAAUUUAUGUAUUUUUAACAGACAUUCAGCUGAAACAACAUGACGUUUUGUGUGUGUGUGUGUUAUUUAUACACACACAAGCCAUAGAGAAUAUAUUCUCCACUCUCCAUUUCAGACUCCAGCACUGGGACAAUGUAUUGGACACAGAAUAAUACUAAAAAUAUAUAAUUCACAGUAAUUAAUGUGAUAACUGCUCAGUAAAGGGGUGAGUGUGGAAUAAAA